UAGGAAGGUUCCCCAGUCAUGUGUCUAGAGCAGCCAGUGUCCAGAUACCAUUUACCUUUCAAGGAAGUCCUGAGAGACAGAACAGAGGCAAAACAGUUGAAGGAUUUCUUAGCAACCCACACUUGAUGAGUUUUGGCACAGUUAUUUGGGAGGGUUCUGGCAUGAACCUUCACUGGAAUGCCAGACUGGUUCCAUCCCCUAACAUUACCUGUACAAAGAUCAUGCUGCAUUUUAUAACAUUUUGGUCUUAUGUGACUAGUUACUCCAUAGUAAUGACAGAUAGGAACAAAGCUGCGAUGAUUUUUACUGACAGGUUUCUGCAUAGGUGCAUGAACCUUCAAAGGAGAGUUUGGAGAGAGAGAGACCCCCGCAUCGUUGAUGAAUGGAUUCAGGGGUUGGAGUUCAUCUUUGAGGUUAUGGAAUGCCCUGAUAGGUAUCGCGUAGUUUGCGCUCAGCUUCAGCUCACUGGUGAUGCAAGGCUCUGGUGGAACGCCUACUGGAGCAUGCGUCCCGGUGAAAACGCGGGUUGUACAUGGGACAUGUUUAAGGAGUUAGUCCGCGACAAGUAUUACCCUUCCUACUAUCGAGCAGAGAUGGAGCGCCAGUUCUUAGCGCUUCAGCAGGGUACUCGUACUGUCGAUGAGUACGAGCGAGAGUUCACUAGACUUGCAGGUUUUGCACUGGAUCUUGUUCGCACGGAGGCCCAGAGAGCGCAGCGGUUCAUUGACGAACUUUACCCAGCAGUCCGUCACAACAUCGUAGGACACGGGACUCAGACCUACGCUCGUGCCGUUUCUAUCGCCCAGGAGGUGGACGCUAGUAUCAGGAGGGAGGCAGUUCGGAUCGUGCCCAGCCAUCUGCCCCAGCUCAGCCAUUUGCAACUCCACCAGCUCUACCAGCCCCUCAGCCAGCCAAGGCGAAGAAGAGGAAGGGAAAGGGUGCACAGACGGACCGGAGGACUCGACAGAGACAGCAGCCAAUUCCACCGUGCCCGACUUGUG